UUCUCUACUUCCAGAUCAUCAAGCCCCAAUUUCAAGCAGAGAACAAUGGCUAAUUCAGCGUCUGGGAUGCACGUUAGCGAUGACUGCAAGCUCAAGUUCUUGGAGUUGAAAGCAAAGAGGAACUAUAGGUUCAUUGUGUUCAAAAUUGAUGAGAAGGCUCAGCAAGUUAUGAUUGACAAGCUUGGGAAUCCAGAAGAAACUUACGACGAUUUCACCAGAUCUAUUCCCGAGGAUGAGUGCAGAUAUGCUGUCUAUGACUUUGAUUUCACCACUCCUGAGAACUGCCAGAAGAGCAAAAUCUUUUUCAUCGCAUGGUCACCUGAUACAUCAAGAGUGAGGAGUAAGAUGUUGUAUGCAAGCUCAAAGGACAGGUUCAAGAGGGAAUUGGAUGGGAUUCAAGUUGAAUUGCAAGCAACAGAUCCUAGCGAGAUGAGCCUUGACAUCAUCAAGGGACGUGUCAAUCUCUGAAUGGAACUUACUGCAUCUUAAUUCGUUUCAAUCAAAAUUUAUAUUUUCU